CUUAUCAUAUAAUACCUUACCAUCAAUCAAACUUAAUAUAUCAAUAAAUAUUUGGUGCGCGUACUUUAAGCUGAGCAGCGCGGGUAUGUUACGAAUGCAUACUUAGCUGGCGAAUGGUACGAGUAUCAGGUGAUGUGUGACGUAGCUGGGAAAUAACCUAAUGUUGCUCCGGCCACUUGAGCGUCUGUUUCUUUCUUUCUCUUCAACGACAUGCUUCGUUUGUUUUAUCACAUUGUCCCUUCUAUUGCGUUGAAAAAUGCCGCUUAUUGUCCAACAAAACAAUGUCUCUGUCCCCACCAAACCGACUGUUAUUGGUCAAGAAGGCAGCUGACUUUUUCCAGAAUUGGACUUUACGCAGUAACUCUUCACAACCGAAAGUGUGUUCGCCUGAGCUCGAAGAAGUGAAGUUGAGUGGGGGAAGAUCAGAUAUUCCUGGAACGUUCAAAAACGAAGCAGUACAUGAGAAGACUUCGUUUCUCUUCCAUUAUCGCCAUUCGUACCCUUGUCUUCAUGAAACACGUAUGAGGUACCAGGUCCAGCAUGUUAAGAACUCAACCCAUUCACUGGGCGGUGAUGUUUUGACCGAGAAAAGAAUUCUCGCAUUUCCCGAAUACCAAGAUAUAAUAAACCAAGCCGAUGUACUUAUCGUGUAUUGUGACUUAUGCCUGCGUAAGCUUCAAAAAGAAAGCAAAGAAUUUGAAGCUGACAUUGACGUACUUAAACAACAUGAUACUUCUUCUGAUAUUGCUUCAAAUUUACGUUCCCGUUGUUGGUAUUGCACAAAAUGUGGUGCCCCGGUGCAUAUUGUUAGAGUGAACAACGGAUCACUGUUAAACUUGUACGACAUUGACUUUUCUGGUCGAAAGAAGCGAGGUUCGAUACGUCGUCGAAUAAAUAAGUUACACAAAGGCCUGAAAUCAAAAAUUGGCAUGACUCCUGAAGUUCCGGAAACACUUGAAGAAAGAGAGGGCGAAGAACGGAACCAAUCAGGCGUGCCUCCUCAACCUAGUUCAGGUGGUUUGAACCUGCUCUUGGAUGACAAUGAAUGUGACGUAGGUGCACGUGACGUCACAGAACUCCAUAACGCAGCAAAAGAAGAUCAAGAUGACGUCAUUUGCCAAUCAAAUAACAAUACAAAAGACACGAUCAGUACAUCACUAAAUAGAAAAGAUUCUUCAUCAAUUGCCGACGAAUCAGCGUCUACACAACAACAAGAGGAUUCUGUUAUUUCCCCAACCGAGACUUCCCUUCAUUCAACAGACACUGAACAAAAAUUGUCAACAAACAACAUUUCUACGUCUUCAACACGACAGAUGCAGAAUUCUGACCCAACAAGCAUCAGUGUGACGUACAAACCUUCUGCUGGUACGCUUUUUCUUCCGCUUGAACACACUCCUCCUACGCUGACAUCUUUCAGCAAGAGUCCGGGAUCUGGUUCUCAUAAGUCGAACCCAAGGAAAAAAAAGCGAUCCGCAUCGUGGUACAACGUUCUUAAUCCAUCAUACAAACAGAAGAAUGUGGAUUUCCAUAAAUUCUUCAAGAAACUCCCAGAAACUGAACGACUAUUAGUAGAUCACAGUUGCGCAUUAAUGAAAGACAUCUUGGUACAAGGUAGGAUGUAUGUCUCGCAGAACUACGUAUGCUUCCAUUCCAAUAUACUAAAGUGGCAAACUGCGGUUAUGCUGAGUUUCAAAGACAUCGUGAGCCUGACAAAAGAGAAAACUGUCAAACUAUUUCCAAACGCAAUUCAAUUUCAAAUAAAAGGGAGGGUAAAACACACAUUCACCAGCUUUACCUCACGUGACCGAGCGUACCACCAGAUUUUUCGACUGUGGCAAAACGCAUUGUUGGAUAAGCCAAUGACACCACAUGAAUUAUGGGGGGUUGUACGAAAUCAAUAUGGUAGCGACCUUGGGUGUAGUUCAGAUGACGAUUAUGUGAGACCGAACGGUGUAUUUGAUUACCGAGGUGUUGCAGAUUUCGCGACGCCGACGGAAGAGAUUUAUAAAUUCGGUACAACAAACAAAAUACAACGAAACAAAUACUCCCAGCCGCGUCAUACCAAUAAUGACGUCACAGAUGGUAGACAAAUGACGUCAGAAGCCGAUAACCUAGUUUCGAUCAGUGAUCGUUCGUCGGAAGGUGAUAAAUCGCUAUCUGGGUGUUCUCUUGAUGAUGGUGACGUCGUAGAUCAAAUAGAUGACGACAGUGGACCAGCAGAAUUUGGGUUACCCGAUUUUAAUCGAACGUACCUCGUGCGCGAAUACGAAUGCUCGGCAGCUGAGUUGUUCAACAUUAUAUACGGUGACACUUGUCCGUUCUGGAAGCUUUACCUCGAAAAACGACAGACUUUUGAUAUCACAAUAACAAAAUGGAAGGACGGAGAAGCAGAAAAUCAAGGUUAUAAAGUUCGGUCGCUUAAUUACAAUCUAACCUUGAACAAUCCACUUGGACCGAAGUCUUCCAAUGUAGACGAAGUUCAGGUUUGUUACAAGCAUGAACCGUGUCGUUAUUACACAGUAGAUUGCACGGCCCAUACUCACGGUGUGCCAUACAGUGAUUACUUUAGCACUGUGAUGAGAUACCAGAUCAGAAAAUUAGGAAAAUCGACAUGUGAACUGAGAGUUUCAGCGCAGUUGGUAUUUAACAAAACACCUUGGGGUUUGGUCAAAAACUUUAUUGAGAAGAACUGUUACAGCGGUAUUGAAGAAAACUUUCAAAUGCUCGAACCCGAGCUCGAUUCCUACGUUCUUCAGUUAAAUGAAAAACGAAAACAAACUUCGGAAUCUCCGGUUCGUGAAUAUGCACGCCAGCGCAUCUCUAUCUCCUCUAGCGGUGGACGGAGACGUCAAUCAAACAAAUCUUCUUUAGAAAGUUCACCAACGAUAGCAGAUACGAGUAUACGUAAUGGUGACGUAACACGCGACCCCUAUGACGUCGGAAAAGGUGACGUCAUCGGUGCUCCAACGACCACGUCACCCGCUGCCCCAGAGUGGGACGUCAACAACAAUAAUCAUGGAAAAAUAAAUAGGGAAAUAAAUGGGAAGAAGAACGGAAGGUUUUUCAAAGUUGUGAUGACGUUUGUGUUUGCUGUUUUGUUGCUAAGCAACUAUUCACUGUACAGCCGCUUAAAUUCUCUCGAACAAAGUAAUUCAAUACGCGUGUUUGAUGACGUCACGACGCUUCAUACAAAAUUGAUUGAUGGUGAGUAACCAUUACUUGAUGCGUUAAAAUUAAUCGAGCGGAGAUUGGGAAAGUUAGAAAAUGUGCUUCAACACCAGGUGACGUCAUCUAAAGCAAGAUGGGAUGAAAUGAAUUCGGAUUGGGUAGAGUUACGUCAGAUGAUGAACCAAGUUUUAAAACGUUCUUCAAAGUCGAACAAGACGUAGUUAACAAUCCUUUCUCCAUUGUGAUUACAUAACGAUACUGUUUCAACUAAACCAGAAUAGAAAAUUUUAAUCGAUUUUUAAACUAACAUUCCCCAGUAUACCGUGAGCUAUUUUUUUCUUUUUUUUCCUAUUUUUUUAAUUGAGUUUCCAUACACUGUCGGAUCGAAUAUGGGGUUUUGUUGCGACCUUGUUCUCGUAACGUCAUCGUAAUUGAUCGUGUGUUUCAUCACUCUGGAUGUUGGCACUUUAUGUAAAACAUGUGACCAUCGUGUUUUGGUCACUGUGCUGUGGUUAAUCACAAACUAUUUGUAAGUUGGGCAGAAACACUAGCAGCAAAUUAUGUCUUUUUGUUGUGCAAUACCUGCAAAAAUAGAAAAUAAAAUGUUCUCUCAUUUUUUAUUAAAAUAUAAUGUGUCGUUUCAUGCACUACCGCGAUACAGUGUUUGGGAAAUAUAUUGCUUAUUUGUGAA